AUGAGCUGGUUGCUUCUCUUCGCCCUGUGGAUUCUCUCUGUUGAUCGUAGCCAUGCAUUCACACAGCGUUCAUGGGAUGAGUCCGUGGGACUCGCCAAUCAGGUCGUCUCAUUAAUGACAUUGGACGAGAAGAUUGGAAUGGCGACGGGUGUAGGACAGUUCAGUAGUCGCUGUGUCGGCAACAUCAAACCACCCUCGCGUUCAUUUUCAGUUUCGGGACUGACCAUCACGAUCCCUCCGCUUUGUAUGAGCGAUGGACCGGCUGGAAUGCGUUUAGUGAAGGAUGUGACGGGCUUUCCCACCGGAAUCAACGUCGCCAGCACCUUUAGCAGAAGGUUGAUGCGAGCUCGUGGGGUAGCUAUGGCUGAAGAAUUCAGAGCUAAAGGUUCGCAUAUUUUUCUCGGGCCUGCCAUGGACCUUAUGCGGAACCCAAAGAUGGGAAGAGCAUGGGAAAGCUUUGGUCCGGAUCCGUAUCUCAAUGGCGAAGCAUCUUUCGAAACGACCACAGGGGUGCAAAGCGUUGGCGUUCAAGCGUGUGCCAAGCAUUUCAUAGCGAACAAUCAAGAACACUGGCGGUACGGACUAAGUGCCGAUGUCGAUGAUAGAACCCUUCACGAGCUUUACUGGUGGCCUUUCAUGCGUUCCGUAGAGGCAAACGUAUCCGCGGUGAUGUGUGCAUAUAAUCGCUUCAAUAAGACAUCUUCGUGCCACAAUGAAAAUCUCCUUGGUCCCAAUGGAAUAUUGAGGAAAGAGGGUUUCCAAGGGUUUGUCGUGAGUGAUUGGGGGGCCACUCACGAUUCUGCCAAAGAUAAUGCCCUUGCCGGUUUGGAUAUGGAACAGCCUGGAGACUUCCUCCUAAUUGGAGGAGGUGUAUAUGGCAACAACUUGAAGAACGCUGUGAACGAUGGUAGUGUCCCGGUGUCGAGGCUAAACGAAAUGGUAACCCGAAUCCUGACGCCCUGGUUCCGACUUGGGCAGGAUCAAGAUUUUCCUUCUAUCAGUUUUGAUGUGCAGCAUCCCGACGGUACAGGUUCGCAGAACGUUCCGUUAAGCGUUCGAUCCGACGCUCAUACCGCUUUGGCGAGAGAGAUUGGUGCAGCGAGCGCAAUCUUGCUUAAGAAUGCUAGAGUCACGAAUAAUGGACAGUCAACUGGAACAUCUAUUAGAGGUCUUCCCUUAUCACAAAGCAUUGUCAAAUCCAUUGCGAUCAUCGGACAAGACGCUAGACAGCUGAACCAGAACUGUCCUGGAGGGUUAAAUGCUUGCAAUGACGGGACCAUGGUCAUCGGUUGGGGCUCCGGCUCGAACUCGCUGGACUUCGUUGUUCCACCUGUCGAUGCAAUCACGGAUUUCAUUGGAAAUUCGGCGACAAUUACUACUUCAUUAUCGAACGAUUUAAACGCAGGGGCGAAGGCAGCAACAGGGAAGGACGUAGCGAUCGUUUUCGCCAAUGCAAUGAGCGGAGAACUGGGCUUCUAUCAAAUCGUCGUCGGCAAUAUGGGCGAUCGGAACGAUUUAGAUCUUUGGUUCAAAGGCGGAAGUUUGAUCGAACGGGUUGCUUCUGUCAAUCCAAACACCAUCGUCGUCAUUCACUCUGUCGGACCUGUUCCUCUCGGUUGGAACACUCAUCCCAACAUAACUGCUAUUAUUUAUGCCGGUGCGCCAGGCGAGCAAACUGGACCAAGUCUUGUCGAUGUAUUGUGGGGUGCGGUCAACCCCAGCGGAAGAUUGCCUUUUAGUGUGGCUGACUCGGAGGACUCUUAUGGAACAACCAUUGUAACGGGACUCGAUGGUUUCCCAACUAUCAACUAUACUGAAGGUCUUUUUAUUGAUUACCGCUACAUGGAUUCGAAGAACAUCGCCCCGCGAUACGAAUUUGGAUAUGGAUUGUCGUACACUACUUUCGAGUACUCGGGACUGUCGAUUUCCUCAUCUGAAAGUUCACAUGUGGUUACCUUUACAGUCACAAACACUGGGGCUUUCGACGGAACCGAGAUACCUCAACUGUAUCUGGGAUUCCCGAGUAGCUCUGGUGAGCCGAGGAAGGUCUUGAGAGGGUUUGAAGAAGUGAAGUUGGCCAACGGGCAGAGUAAGCAGGUUUCCCUGUCGGUAUCGCAGAAGGAGAUAAGUAUAUGGGACUCACCGAGUCAGUCCUGGGUGCGACCCUCCGGCGCGUUCACGGUCUAUGUAGGAGCUUCAAUUAAGGACAUUCGUUUGACUGGCACAUUUUGA